UCUCAUUUCAGUCUGGAAUCCACUUCUGCGGAGAAAUUGCGAGAGGAAGAUACGGUUCCGUUCUGCGGCAUGAGAGCGGCGGAGGAGAACUUGAACUGAGUGGUGUUGGAUACUUGUAUCCUUGCAACUCCAACUCCGCAUGAAACGAACCGUGACGUCGUUGAGAAGAUCACCCACAUCUUACCUGAAACCGAGGAUGAUUAUUUUACCUUGUGGUGCGAAACCCGCAGUGCCGUCCUGUCCAGAGAAUUGGUAGGAGAUAUACGCGCCUGCUCAGCCAGCCAACAAGAAUGGAGGUUGGACAAGGCGACAGCCAGAGGGAGGAUGAGCUUCUCUACCACCUUAGGGGGGCGCGCAGCCUCGUCUCGCCCGGGGUUAUUAUUGGUUCAUCGUGGCACCUUGUUCAGCCUUGCGCUGACGUUACAUACCACGUGACUAGAACCACUGGCUAAAGCGGCGUCGUUGACAUUCCAAACUUGGUCCGUGGACACAUUUCCAUCUCCGCCAAACAACGGCAUACUGUACAAGUACCACGAUGGGAUACAGUUGCAACAUCUUGAACCUGUCACCAAGUCCGCUUUAGUGUUGGAACCCGGCUUUUCUACACCUUGGUAUCACCAUCACCAGAUCAUACAACACUCCUCCUCUACUCCAGUCGCCAUGCAGCGCACCCCCUUCGUUCCGCCUCAAAAGUCCCCCGAACUAUUUCACCCGCGGCCUCAGCAUAUCUCGCAAGUGCCUAUGAUGCGCUCACCACCGCCUCCGGUUUCUCAACAGCCGUCGCAACAGCCACCGGCGAACGACUAUGGCAGUCCAUACCAGUCUCCACCUGCUGGCGCUGGAGGAGGUGGAUUCGCACCUGGGUUCAACUUCAUAAAUGAUCCCGCCGCCCAGAUGGGGUUCCAGGUCGGACAAACAGCGAUGAAGGCCGGGCAAGAGUACAUGGAACAGAACUUGAACCGCUACAUCUCAGUGUCGGCACUGAAGCAUUAUUUUAACGUCUCGAACUCGUACGUGGUACGGAAACUCUUGCUAGUCCUGUUUCCCUGGCGGCACAAACCCUGGACACGACAACAAGCUCGAAUGACCACCUCCUCGACGGCCGCAGACGGAACAAUGUCGCAACAAACAUACUCGUUCAACUACCUACCACCACGCGACGACCUCAACUCGCCCGACAUGUAUAUUCCCAUUAUGGCACUGAUUACAUAUAUCCUGCUUUCGACCGUCCUAGCGGGUAUCAGAGGAUCGUUUCACCCUGAGUUGCUCGGCAGCAUAACGAGCACCGCGAUUGCGGUUGUUAUCUUCGAGAUCAUCGUCCUUAAACUGGCAAUGUACAUGCUGAGCAUCAGCAACGAUUCUCAGCUACUCGAUCUUGUGGCUUACUCUGGCUACAAAUUCGUGGGCGUCAUAGUCACAUUGUUCUUAAGUGAAGUGCUCACCGGAGGAAGAGGAACGAACAACUGGGUUGGCUGGACUUUGUUCCUGUACACGUGGUAUGCGAAUGCCUUUUUCCUGCUCCGGUCCUUGAAAUAUGUUCUCCUCCCAGACAGUUCCUCCGAUCCUACCGCUAUGCGUGGCGGCAGCUCAUAUACGGUAGCCCGUGCACAGAAGAACCGGCGCACAUAUUUCCUCGCCUUAUAUGCAUUUUUGAUCCAGAUGCUGUUUAUGUGGAUUCUCAGCCGCGAGGAGUCUGCCGUCAAGACCGUCACAAAUAAAAUCAAUGGGUCGAAAGCAUAGGUUGAUGCACUCCCAUUUUCAAGGUCAACCCUUUUGGUGCCCUAUCGCUACAGUCUGGUGCUCAGAAAAUGUUUGCAAUGCCGUGUUGGAGAAGAACAGGUCCUUGAUCCAACAGCAGAAAGAUCUACAAUCGAGGAGAUAUGCCGUAAGCCUGAAGCUCUCACGAUGCCACUUGCCGUCCCACAACUGUCACUGAAUUUACAUCCUUGAAGAGUCCUACUGCUUGACAAGAGUUUCGACUUCCGGGGCCGGUUGUUUUUUCAAGUGCUGAACCCAAGACAGGCCGCUGGACAGGGCUUGAGGGAACGUUUGAGGCUUCGAGCCUUUGAAUGGGCUUUUCAUAACUCACGCCCUCGAGCAUUGACUACCAGAUGGUGUGAGGCUUGGUCGCUAGCUUGACCGUAUCUAAUGUAUCUCCGAAGAAGUCUCAGCAACGAUGACGAGCACUUUGAGUUAUGCUGGAAUACAACCAAAAAGCUCAAAUAGGUCAAGACCGCAUCCGUCCAUCUUGUGGAGCCCUGAUGACAGGUAUCGAACGAAAUCCCUCCAUUGAACGCCGUGCACUAGCGGGAUGUCCCGACCACAACUGGAAAAAGGAUUUACCCUACGAACCACCAUGCCCACAGAUAGACGGCUUCAAGCAUAAACUACGACGUUUGGCCACUGAAUGCGUCGCUGCACGACUUUGAUGCCGGGAACGAGCCGGCUACUAGAUGUGGACAUCCACUGCAUCCAGCAGUUACAGAUUAUGACGAGGCCGUCACUGACGUACAGUAUCCGACCUGGGUAGUUGUGCUUGUUCGGAUUUCUUAUGACUUUCCGAAGAGAUCAAUCAGGCGCGAGGUGGCUCCUUUCACUCAUCGUGUAUGUUCUGAUGAAAAGGCACAAUUUUUCAAUCGGCGCACGCUCCAUGAGCCUCGGCGAUCACAGAGAUGAUCAGGAGACGACCAUCGGUGGAGGUGUUGGACGGUCGGUUCCAUCUCGUUGUGGUAGAGGCUGAGGCCAGUGACCGGAGACAUCAACAGCAACGCGUCAAGGUUGUGCAGUUCAAGGACUGUAUGGCGGGAAGAAUGGCACGCCAGAUCUCUCACACUAGACUCGAGAUACUGCAGGAUGAAAUGAGAGAACUACAUAGACUUUCAUCACGCUGCCCAUAUUGUUCCCAUAGUAUUCAUGCAUGUGCGUACUAGUACACCCUCAAGCGGCCGAGACUGGAUGGGUCAAGUAAAGAAGCAAUACUGGAAGCCAUUAUAUGCAAGCAG